AGCUAUUCUUUAAAUGUGAUAUCCUCUGUAACGCAUACAGUACAAUGAACAAUUGUCUUAUAUCAGACUAUUAGUAACACGCAUGUCCUAUUUCCAACGCCAGUGCGGUCAUCUGAUUAACGGAAUUUAACAAUAGGCAAUUAUAUAUAAAUAAAUGUCACGUAGGGUCUCGCAUUUGAUUGCGCAAGUCAAAUCAAGUAAAACGUGGACCAACAGUUUUAAACAAGGAUUUUCAUUGUGUAUAAUUUACUUGUUUAUUAGCUAUCUGUCACGUUAAGAAAACUGCAUUUCAAAAUAUUUGCCAGCUGAGUAAACGAGUCUUAUUUUUGACAUAAUUGAAUUGAAGUUAAUGCAUUGCAGUUAGUGUGCAACACGAAUGCGUGCGAAAUCUUUUGUUGUAUGGGCCUACUUUUUGCUUACAAAUUUAAAAGUGAAUGUGGUAUCUCAACUUGUAAGAUCUUAUAGUGAAAUUGGGACUUCCCUUCAAGAAAACUUGCUCUUUAUCCUCUUUCUUUUGAAAUAAAUUAUUUCAGUCAGAUCCCCGACUGACUUCAGAUUACGUGCUCUUUGCCACAUAUGAGACUCCCUCUAAAUAUCGAGCUAAUUGUUCUGGUGUUGGAAAAAUUGUACCUAGGUACAAUUUAAAGUAAAUGCGAGUUAAUUAACCACUUCUCGGUCCGCGUCGUAGGCUGAAUAGCCGACACACCGAAAGCAAAUUUAAAAAGCAAUUUUUUAAAAAUUCUAAAAUAAAAAAAAUACAAAUUCUACAGAACAGGGCAUCGGAGGUAGGAAUGUAAAGGUGACAAUCAGAUGUGAGUUUGGUCAACCACAUAUCAGUCAAUAUUUAAGUAACGAAUUCGAGCAGGUUUACUCGCCAAUGGGUUUUCAAUGGACGAUAGCUUCAUUCUUUUACUUCCAAUCUACGCCCAUGCACGAAGUUGCGCAGUGAUAUUGGAAUGAACGCACCCAGGGCGCGCGCGGAACAGUCCGUCGACUUUGGAUGGGGCAUAUGCAGUGUGUCUCACAAACACCGGAAAGUGACUCAGAGACUCCGGCGCUGCAGGUUUGGGGACGGGCGCCCGCCAGCUCCAGACGGAGCACGCCGGGGGCCUCGGGCGUCCCCAUGAUCCUUCCCAACCUCGUCCCGGGGAAAUCCCUCGCCCCCGUCCGGCUCAAGGACCAGGGUCCGGACCGGCCGAGGGCGGGGUCCGCGGAGGAUGCGCCGCAAGUGGAGAGGGCGCUGGCCCACCUCCAGGAGUCCGGCUGGUACUGGGGCCCCAUCACCGCCACAGAGGCCAAGCAGCUCCUGAGUGGGGCUGAGGAGGGCACCUUCCUGCUGCGGGACAGCUCGAACCCGGGCUACCUGCUCACGCUGUCGGUCCGGACCAGCCUGGGCCCCACCCACCUGCGCAUCGAGUCCAGCGGCGGGACCUUCGGGUUCGACUCGCUGGCCAUGGCCCGGCCGCGCCUGCGCAGGUUCGGGGGUGCCGUGGAGCUGGUGGAGCACUACGCCCUCACCUGCAGCCGCCCCGCCCAAGGCGCGCCCAAACCCGCCGCGGGGGAGGCCCCCAAACCAGCCGCGGAGGAGGCCCCCAAACCAGCCGCGGAGGAGGGCCCCAAACCCGCCGCGGAGGAGGGCCCCGAACGCUCCCUCCAGCUCAGGCUGGUCCGGCCCCUGCGCAGGGCGGCCCCCAGCCUGCAGCACCUCUGCCGCAUCGCCAUCAACCGCCACUCCCAAGCCCACCGGGACCUGCCGUUGCCGGGGCGACUAAAGGCCUUCCUGCAGGAAUACCCCUUCUUACUGUAGAACGGACGCUGCUGCAUUCUGGGGGAUCGGCUGCCCGCAGAGGCGUCCCCUUUUAUCGCAGUCGAGGACCGCUUCAUUCGGCUCGCCGGUGAACCUUGCGGGCAGCCGCGCCAUUCACGUGGUCUCCGCGGUCCCCUGCUGUCCUCCGAGCGUGUCCGUCAGUCGGGUCUUACUUCCUGUUCCUGUGGGCGGCGGACCGUCAGAUUGCUUCUGAGACUGCGAGAUAACAAGGACAUGAAAAAGACUCGUUCUUCAUGUUGAGUGAAGAAACCCUUUAUUGAAACCCUUUGUAUCACCUGUCAUUUUUUUUCUAAUAUGGUGCACUUUGAUUCAUUUAUACGAUGUGACUGUAAAGCAUAAUGCAUUGCCAUUGUACUACUUGUACUCAAAAAUCAAUGGCUGCCCACAUCCUAUUAUAAAAAAUAUGAAUUGACCAAAAAGCAGGAUUUUUGGAUAGAACCCAAAUAUCCAAAGGACAAAUUUAUAAGCAAAGCAAAGCGUUCGUUUGAUUAUUGGGCAUCUGCAUUAAUGAGGACAAGUCACUGCUGCUUUGUAAGGAAUACUAAAUUGUCCAAAAAGCCACAAGUGAAAUAUUUUGGAUUGUUACAUUUGAAUAAAUGUAAGAAUAAAUUUGAAAGAAGCAG